AUGCCGCCGCCCGCGGUCCGGCUGGUGUGGCUCGGGCGGGUGCACUACCCCGAGCUGCUGGCGCGGCAGGACCGCUGGCUGGGGCGGCUACAGGCCGACCCUCGCCCCGGGACCCUGUCGGGGGCCGAGGCGGGCGCGCUCUUGGUGUGCGAGCCAGCGGGGCCGGUGUACACGGGCGGGCUCCGCGGCGGCCUGACGCCCGAGGAGACUACGCGGCUGAGGGCCUUAGGCGCCGAGGUGCGCUCCACCGGCCGCGGCGGCCUGGCCACUUUCCACGGCCCGGGCCAGCUGCUCUGCCACCCGGUGCUUGACCUGCGGCGCCUCGGCCUGCGCCUGCGCACCCACGUGGCGGCGCUGGAGGCGUGCGCCGUGCGCCUGUGCGAGCUCCGGGGCCUGCGGGGCGCCCGCGCGCGGCCGCCGCCCUACACCGGCGUCUGGCUAGGCGAGCGCAAGAUCUGCGCGAUCGGAGUCCGAUGUGGAAGACACAUCACAUCCCACGGCCUGGCUCUGAACUGUUGUACAGACCUCACGUGGUUUGAGCACAUUGUGCCCUGUGGACUGGUUGGGGCAGGAGUCACUUCUCUGAGUGAAGAGCUUCAGAGACUCGUCACUGUGGAUGAAGUCAUGCCAUCUUUCCUUGUGGCCUUCAGGGAGACUUUCAAGUGCGAGUUAAUCUCUGAGGACAGCCCCAGCUGAAGGGCACUCACCUCACCCAGGGACAAUGGUCCUUUGAUAGAAUGAUCCUAUUCUGACUUGAGUCCCCAGAACUGGAUUCUGGAACUACUCUGUGGUUUACUGACCAUGACCGAGGAGAGCUCUGAGCUACUGCUUCCUGUGUCUUCCCAGCUACCUCAGGGAUCGAUCGAUAGGAAACACUAUGAAAGGUCACAUUCUACAGAAGGCGUCCGGUGACCAUUAACACCUGUUCUCGGCUUGGAGACGCUCCACUGUUAUAAACUGCCAUUUCGUAAUUACUUGCCACGUUUUGGUUCUGUGGAAACGAAAUAUCUGUGUGGCCCAGAUGAAGUGACAAAGUUACCUCAUUCUCAAAAGACCUGGGUCUUUCUUCAGUAAGGGAGAAGUCUUAAAAAAAAAAAUAAAUGACAUUUUUGCCUUUCUGGGUUGAAUCCCUCAAGUUUGAUAAUUUACCUGUUCUUGCUUGGCGUCAACAGAGAUGGGCUGUAGACUACGGAAAAGACAAGGGUAGUUCCUUCUUGCAUACAAAUGCUAUAGAGGGAAAUUUUUUUUACAGGAGAUCCCUGGGGCUAGGAAUGUCAGCUCUCACUGUGAAACAAACUUUGUGAUUCAGGACAACCGAGGAACACAUUAGCUCAUUUUUUUGUGGAUCAGGAAUUUGGAAGAAAUGUACCUAGGUUGGUUGGAGCCUUACCAGAGCUUGUGUUAAAGGUGUCAGUCGUCAUUAGAGGGCUUAACUGUCACUGGAGGUCAGUUUCCAGAGGGCUCACUCCGGUGUGCUUGCUUGGUUGCUUCUAGUUGUUGAUGAGAAGUCUCAGCUGCUUACCUUCGGACUCUUCUGAAGGGCACAGUGAUGUCAGAAGGAGGCAAGUUAGGAGCUCCAGGGCUUUUAUGAGCUUGCUCUGGAAGCCACACAGUGCUUUCUGUAGUCUCAUAAAUGAGCCCUGUUUAAAGUGGAAGGAACACCCCAUUAGCUGUAGAAGAUGAAGCUUUUUGGGAGCCAUCUUGGACUGGUCCCCAUAACUUGUGAAAAGUAGACAGAGCUUUGACUGAGACCCCGAUGCCACACUUGGCGAUAUGAAAGCUAUUUCCUCUCUCUAGGGUUCAGUGCCGUUCACUAGGAAUGCAGUAAGAGCUGCACUGUAGUCUGACAUUUUCUAGGAGCCUCAUUAAAAAGGGUUUUUAUUUUUUGAAAAGGUGGCCAGUUUUAAUACAUUUGCCUCAAUUCAUUAAUAAAAUCUUUGUGAGACAAUAUAACAAUGUCUUAUAGUUAUACGGUCUUCAAAAAUUUGAUGCAUGCUUUGUACUUUUCUAGAAGCUUCAUUUGACUAGUACUCUCCUCCAUUUUAUUUUAUUUUAUUUUUUGAGACAGGCUCUUAUGUAGUUCAGGCUGGUCCACCUCCUGACUGUAGAGAUUAUAAGUAUGCAUGAAACCAUGCCUUGCCUUGUUUACUUGAUUUUUGACAAUGGUCUCAUGUAGCCCAGGCUGACCUAGAACUUGCUGUGUAGCCAAGGAUGUCCCUGACCUCCCGAUCCUCUCAAGAGAGCCUGUGCUGUCCUGGCGCAAAGGGAAUAGCUGCAUGGCGGCUGCUGAGUUGACCUUCAGAGCCAUACUUUCACAGUAUGAAGGCAUCUGCCUAGGUGUGAGAGGAAUUAUGUGGCUUAAAGACAGGCAAAGCAAUGAGAGUUAAUAUUGCAUAGAUCCAGUGCUCAAUAACUGGUCUCAUGAUUGCUCCAUUCUGUUUUCCAUUGGUUCUCCCUCUCCUUCUCUCGACAGGGUUUCUCAGGCUGGAGAGGUGGCUCAGAGGUUAAGAGCACUGUCUGCUCUUCUAGAAGUCCUGAGUUCAAUUCUCAGCAACCACAUGGUGGCUCACAACCAUCGGUUCCCUCUUCUGGCAUGCAGGCAAAACACUAUACAUAAUAAAUCUUAAAAAAAAAAAAAAAAAAAAAAAAAAAAGACAGGGUUUGUCUGUAUAGCUCUAACUGUCCUGGAACUCACUAUGUAGGUUAGGCUGACCUUAACUCAGAGAUCCAUCUGGCUCUGCCUCCCAAGUUCUGGGAUCAAAGCUGGUGUGCACCACCACCCAGCCUCCAUUGCUUUUCUUAAGGAAACUAUCCUCAGGUCCUAUAACUUCCCCUCAUAGAUUCAGGGUUCUUAAGAGUAGAGCUGUGACAGAUUUCCCUCAUACCUCUGGCAUACUGGACUUGGCAUACAGGAGACCAGUCAUGAAUACUGAGUGGAAGUGAACUGUUGAAAAAUUCUCCUAUCGUGGUCUAGGAGGCGGCUCAGUAGAUAAAGUGUUUGUUGUAGAAAUGUGAGGACCUGAGUUCAGAUCCCAGAACACAUAAAAAUGGGCACAGUGGUUGUACAGGAUAGUUUUAUUUUUAAAGAUUUAUUUAUUAUGUAUGUAGUGUUCUGCCUGCAUGCCAGAAAAGGACACCAGAUCUCAUUAUAAAUGUUUGUAAGCCACAUAUGUUACUGGGAAUUGAACUCGGGACCUCUGGAAGAGCAGACUGUUCUCUUAACCUCUCUCCAGCCCCUGUACAGGAUAGUUUUGUGUGAACUUGACACAACCGGAGUCAUAUGAGAGGAAGGUGCCACAAUUGAGAAAAUGAGUACAUAAGAUCAGGCUGUGGGCAAGCCUGUAGGGCAUUUUCAUAAUUAGUGAUUGAUGGGGGAGGGCCCAGCCCAUUGUGGGUGGUGCUGUUCCUGGGCUGGUGGUCCUGCGUUUUAUAAGAAAGGCUGGGAGCAAGUCAGUAAGCAGCAGCCCUCAUGGCCUCUGCAUCAGCUCCUGCCUACAGGUUCCUGCCCUAUUUGAGUUCCUGUCCUGCUACCUUUGAUGAUGAACUGCAAUGUAGAUGUGUAAGCUAAAUAAACCCUUUCUCCCCAA